AUGAUUCUCAACCCUCGCCAGUUCUCCGAGGGCUACAUCCAUGUCUAUAGGUCCCAUGAGGAUGGCCGGGAGUUGGAAUUUAUUCACCGGACAAAGGUCGAAGAGCCUCCCAGCGCGAUGCUUGCGUUUCAAGGCAAGCUCCUUGUGGCGAUUGGCAAGUCACUGCGCGUGUAUGAUCUGGGCAUGAAACAGAUGCUCAGAAAGGCGCAGGCUAACGUCUCGGCUCAUCUCAUUGUGUCCCUCGACGUUCAGCAGAACCGUAUCGUUGUGGGCGAUGUCAUGCAGGGCGUUACAUACGUCGCGUACAAGCCGGCUGCGAACAGGUUGAUACCAUUUGCAGACGACACGAUCUCGCGUUGGGUUACUUGCACCACCAUGAUCGAUUACGAGUCGAUGGCGGGAGGUGAUAAGUUUGGCAAUCUCUACAUCCUACGAUGUCCCUCGAAAGCCAGCGACGAGGCGGAUGGGGAUAGCUCUGGCGUUCACCUUCUCCAUGCACGAGACUACCUUCACGGCGCACCCAAUCGAGUUGAUCUCAUGGCGCACUUUUACACACAAGAUAUCCCCACCAGCAUCACCAAAACGAGUUUGGUUGAUGCCGACUUUUUCCAGACGUUGGAGACGCACAUGAGGAGCGAGGAUGCGCCGCUGGCUGGGAGAGACCACCUCAUCUACCGUGGGUAUUAUGUACCCGUCAAGGGGGUCAUAGACGGCGAUUUGUGCGAGCGGUAUGCGCUCCUACCAAACGACAAGAAGCAGAUGAUUGCAGGGGAACUAGACCGGUCCGUCCGGGAGAUUGAGAGGAAGAUCUCGGAUGUCCGGACCCGGUCAGCUUUCUAG